AGCGGGCAUCGGGUCACCAGGUAUGACAGCGGGCACUGGGUCACCAGGCAUCAGGUCAUUUGGCUUGCCAGCGGGCACCGCGUCAUCUGGCAAGGCAGUGGGCACCGGGUCACCAGGUAUGACAGCGGGCUCUGAGUCAAUUGGUACGACAGCGGGCACUGGAUCAGGUACCGGAUCAUCUGGAUCAACAGCGGGCAUCGAGUCAACUGGCCUAAUAGGAUCGUCGGGCUGGAUCAGUUCAUCAUGCUGAGUAGCGGCAUCAGGCUGAAUGCAGGCAUCAGGCCGAGUAGAGGCUUCAGGCCGAGUAGAGGCUUCAGGCCGAAGAGAGGCAUCAGGCCGAAGAGAGGCAUCAGGCCGAGUAGAGGCUUCAGGCCGAGUAGAGGCUUCAGGCUGAGUCACGGAAGGCAGGUUCACCGGGUUAAAGGCAGGAUAGGUGCAGCGAGUGGGAACAGGGUACUGACAUGCGGUAGAUAGCCAAGUAUACUGGGCUGUAACUGGAGGAG